AUGCUUUUUAAAACAGCUAUUAAAAUGUUAUUAGGUGGAGGCUUAGCCACUUUUUCUAUUGCAGUUUCAAUACUGUAUUUUAACCAGAAUAAAUUGAUAUAUCCAUCAUGGGCAAACAAUUCCAGAAAAUUUGUUGAUUUACCAAGCAGUUUUGAUUUACCUUUUGAAGAAGAUAUCAAACUAAUUACUGAAGAUGGUAUUCAAUUACAAGCUUUUGAUAUUAGAAACCCCAAGAGCAAAAGCACAUUGCUGAUUUUAACUCCAAAUGCUGGUAAUAUAGGCCACUUUUUACCAUUAGUGAAAUAUCUUUACGACAAUUUCAAUCUAUCAAUAUUCAUUUAUUCUUACAGAGGUUAUGGUCUGUCUCAAGGCACACCUAAUGAAGCAGGUCUAAAGCUGGAUGCCGAUAGAAUCAUGAAAUAUUUGACCCAAGAAUCUGAUUUCCAUAAAAAUAGAAAAUUGGUUUUGUACGGUAGGUCCAUAGGAGGAGCUGUAUCAAUUUAUAUCGCAUCUAAAUACCCACAAUAUAUUGAUGGUAUUAUCUUAGAAAAUACCUUUUUAUCCAUAAGAAAAGUAAUACCAUAUAUUUUCCCCUUUUUAAAAUAUUUCACCUUCUUGUGCCAUGAGGUUUGGAAUUCCGAAUAUGAAAUCACCAAAAUAAAUGAUAAAGUGCCCAUAUUGUUUUUGAAUGGAAUUAAAGAUGAAAUAGUACCACCUAGCCACUCCAUUAAAUUAUUCGAACUAUGUCCCAGUGAAAAAAAAUAUUUAAAAAGGUUCCCACUAGGUCACCAUAAUGAUACUAUUGUGCAAGAUGGAUAUUGGGAUCAUGUAUAUGAUUUCUUAGUUAAAUUUAAUUUAAUAUAA